AUGUCUUCGAUUCAAAAUCAAAAACCCAAAAGAAUAGCUAUAGUUGGAUCCGGAAUAUCUGGCUUAGGUUCUUCCUGGCUUCUUUCAGAGCAUUCUCCUCAUGAUGUAGUUCUUUACGAACAAAAUGAUUAUAUUGGAGGUCAUACGCAUACAGUUGACUAUAUUGUUCCAACGACAAAAAGUUCAGCAAAUCCAAAAUCAAUACCAGUAGAUACUGGAUUUAUUGUUUUCAAUCAUUUAACUUAUCCAAACUUGAUAAGAUUUUUUAAACAUAAGAACGUUGAAUUUAUGAAAUCUGAAAUGAGUUUUUCUUUUUCAAGAAAUCAUGGCGAAUUCGAAUGGUCAGGAAAAAAUCUAUUAUCGGUGUUUGCUCAACCAAAAAAUUUAUUGAAUAUAGAUAUGUGGAAAAUGUUAUAUGACGUUUUAAGAUUUAAUUUUCAUGCUACCGAAUUAUUGAAUUUGCCUGAUGAUCAUCCCGAAAAACAAUUGAAAAAAUGUACACUUGACUUCCCUGCUUUAACUUUAAUCCAAUUCAUGCAUAAUCAUUGUUUACUUCAAGUACUUAAUCGAAUUGACUGGCUUACUGUGAAAGGUGGAAGUCGCAAGUACGUUGAAUCCAUCAUUUCCAACAUUAAAGAUAUAAGGCUUUCAACUCAAGUGGUUUCUAUUACUCGUGAACCAUCAGAUUCUUCCGAUCCAACCUCUAGUCCGAUUAUCACUAUUAUCGAUGAUAAAGGUCGACGGGAAACGUUUGAUCACGUGAUAUUUGCAACUCAUGCGGAUCAAGCCUUAAAGAUCCUAGGUGAUCAAGCUACAGAAGAGGAGAUACGUAUAUUGGGCAACGUACACUUUAGUAAAAAUCGCGCAGUUCUACAUUCGGAUCUUUCAUUAAUGCCGACACGUCGCUUGGCAUUUUCGGCUUGGAACUACCUCUCUAAUUCCGCAAAGGAUGCAAAUGAGGUUUCAUUAACUUACUCUAUGAAUAUUCUUCAAUCAAUUGACGAAUCAUCACAUGGACCUGUUCUUGUAUCAUUAAAUCCGCUUUGGGAACCUGAUUCAUCCAAGUUAUUUGAUUCUUGGACAUAUGAACAUCCACAAUAUACACCAACCACUAUUGCCUCUCAGAAAGCCUUGUCAAGUAUUCAAAAUCUUCCACAUCUGCAAACAUCCUUUACAGGAGCUUGGACAAACUAUGGAUUUCAUGAAGAUGGAUUUACAUCAGGAAUUAAGGUGGCUACGGAGCAUUUAGGAGCAGAAUGUCCCUUUGAAAUAAUUGACGCAACUUAUAUUAGAGGAAAACAAUUUGAAUUAUCAGCUGUUGAGAAGGUUCAAAAGCGAUUAUGGAAUGGAUUUGAAUGGUCCAUUACAUACUCUAAGCCUUUAGUGAUUGUUGGAUUUACUAUUGCAAGUGUAUAUUUUCAACAAGCUUUUAAAUUAGCUAAAAAUUUCACACAUGAUCAGGCCAAGACUGAAUAG